GUCAUCAGUCGAGGAAGACAUAUCCUCAGCUGUGUUUUGGAAAACAGACGUUGGUUGCAUAGCCACAAGGAGCCUCACUUUGCUGUGUUCUUAAACAACCACUUUUAGUGGCGGCCCAUGAGAAGCAGCCAUGAGCGUGCCCGACUACAUGCAGUGUGCUGAGGACCACCAGACGGUGUUGGUGGUGGUGCAGCCGGUCGGCAUCGUGCCGGAGGAGCAGUUCUUCCGCAUCUACAAACGCAUCGCCAGCGUCAACCAGGUGAGCGUGCGCGACUCGCAGCGCCAGCUCUACAUCCGCUACCGCCACCACUACCCGCCCGACAACAACGAGUGGGGCGACUUCCAGACGCACCGCAAGGUGGUGGGCCUGGUGGCCGUGACCAGCUGCGCCUCGGCCAAGGAGUGGCCGCAGACCUCGGACCGCUUCCACGGCCAGAAGGAGGUGUACGGCGCCACGCUCUACGACUCCCGCCUGCUGGUGUUCGGCCUGGCCGGCGAGAUCGCCGAGCAGCAGCGCACCGACGUGGCCUUCUACUCCAGCUAUGACGACUGCCCCGACGUGGAGCGGCGCGUGGAGGACUUCGUGGAGUCCAUCUUCAUCGUCCUGGAGUCCAAGCGGCUGGACCGGGCCACGGAUAAGUCCGGGGACAAGAUACCGCUCCUCUGCGUGCCCUUUGAGAAGAAGGACUUUGUGGGUUUGGACACGGAUAGUAGGCACUAUAAGAAGCGCUGCCAGGGCCGCAUGAGGAAGCACGUCGGGGACCUGUGUUUGCAGGCAGGCAUGUUGCAGGACGCCCUGGUGCACUAUCACAUGGCCGUGGAGCUCCUGCGCUCCGUCAACGACUUCCUGUGGCUGGGAGCGGCUCUGGAGGGCCUGUGCUCGGCGUCCGUCAUCUUCCACUACCCCGGGGGCACGGCUGGGAAGUCCGCAGCCCGCAAGCCCAGCCUCUCACAGGCAGCAGACGCCGGGAAGAGGCACCGGCCAGGAGCUCAGGAGGUUCUCAUUGAUCCAGGCGCGCUCACCACCAAUGGAAUCAACGCCGACACCAGCACCGAGAUUGGCCGUGCCAAGAACUGCCUGAGCGCGGAGGACAUCAUUGAGAAAUACAAAGAGGCCAUCUCCUACUAUGGAAAGUAUAAGCUGGCGGGUGUGAUCGAGCUGGAGGCGUGUGUGAAGGCGGUGCGGGUGCUGGCCAUCCAGAAGAGAGCCAUGGAGGCGUCCGAGUUCCUGCAGAACGCCGUCUACAUCAACCUGGGACAGCUGUCGGAGGAGGAGAAGAUCCAGCGCUACAGCGUCCUCUCCGAGCUGUACGAGAUAAUCGGCUUCCAUCGCAAGUCGGCCUUCUUCAAGCGCGUGGCGGCCAUGCAGUGCGUGGCGCCCACCAUCCCCGAGCCGGGCUGGAGGGCCUGCUACAAGCUGCUGCUGGAGACCCUGCCUGGCUACAGCCUCUCUCUUGACCCCAAGGACUUCAGCAAAGGUACCCAUCGUGGUUGGGCCGCGGUGCAGAUGCGACUCCUCCACGAGCUGGUAUACGCCUCGCGCCGCAUGGGCAACCCCGGCCUCUCCGUCCGACACCUCUCCUUCCUGCUGCAGACCAUGCUGGACUUCCUGUCAGAUCAAGAAAAGAAAGAGGUGACUCAGAGUCUGGAGAACUACACGUCCAAGUGCCCGGGCGGGAUGGAGGUCAUCACCCUGCCGGACGGCCUCAAGCUGCCCGCUGUGCCCUUCACCAAGCUGCCCAUCGUCUCAGAGACACACCUGGGACUCCAUUUCUGCCAGAGCGUACUCAAGGAUGUCACCCCUUUGGAGAGGAGCCUGAUGGCAUCUUUAUUCAAUUUCCAGUGGGUGCGUGGAGACGUGUGUGAGGUGCAGCUGAUGGUCUACAACCCCAUGCCCUUUGAACUCCGCGUGGAGAACAUGGGACUCCUGACCUCUGGCGUGGAGUUUGAGUCUCUCCCUGCUGCCCUCUCCCUGCCUGCGGAGUCUGGUCUCUACCCAGUCACCCUGGUCGGGGUGCCGCGCACCGCUGGCAACAUCACCAUCAACGGCUACCACACGUCGGUGUUUGGAGUGAGCAGCGACUGCCUGCUGGAGGGGUUGCCGACGGUGAAGACGGGAGGCUGCAUGGUGGAGGUGGUGCCCUCAUUGCCACGCCUACAGCUCAGCACCUCCCUGCCCAGGUCGGCCCACCCCACCUCUGAGGAGCUGUCGAGCAGCGUGUCCCUGCAGCUGUUUAACGGGGAGAGCCAACAGCUGACCAUCACGCUGGAGAACAUCGGCACCGAGAAUCUGGAGACUCUCGAGCUCACCUCCAAGACCCUCACCACCAAAGAGAAGCUGUUUGGCGAGUUUGUGAGUUGGGACCUCCAGGAGGCGCUGUCCCACCUGCCCUUGAAGCCCGGCCAGUCCCUCACCAUCCCAGUCACCGUCAAGGUCAAACUUGACUUCUCGGGACAGGAGAACCUACUGCAGGACCUGAAUGACGAUGGCAUCAGUGUGACGGGCCUACCCAUCUCCAGCCCUCUGCGACAGGUCCUGAAACCGAGAGCAGAGUCCAAGCCAGUCAGCAGCGAGGCCGGCAAGGCCGAACACAACCACCUCAAGACGUUGGAGGCUGUGUUGAAUUUCAAGUACUCAGGGGGAGCGGGCCACGUGGAGGGCUACUACCGGGAGCUGUGUCUGGGGGUACGCGUGGACGUGGAGCCCUCCGUCUUCUUCACACGCGUCAGCACCCUGUCUGCCACCAGUACACGCCAGUGCCACCUGCUCCUGGAUGUGUUCAACUCCACGGAGCACGAGCUCACCGUCAGUUCCAAGAACAACCAGGACCUGCUACUGCACGCCAGCGAGUGCCAGAGGAUGGCGAUCCAGGUGGACAAGUUUGCGUUUGAGAGUGUGCUGGGAGGUGGCGGUGCGGGGGAUGUGGCGGAGCUGGAGCCGGCGCAGGAGCCCGAGCGCUUCACCAGCCCCAAGCAGCUGGAGGAGCAGAGGCUGCUGGCCCAGGCCGCACUCAUCAACACCACCCUCAACAUACGCUGGAACAUCCCGUCCCUCCAGCGUGAGGGGGAGGCCAGUGUGGAGGGGGUCCUCAACCAGCAGGUACUCGACCACCUGCAGCUGGCUCCACUACAGUGGGACGUUCUGGUGAGCGGUAAGCCGUGCGACUGUGACGCGGUGGCCGAGUGUCGCGUGGGGGAGGCGGUCGCCCUGGAGGUGCGGUUGACCAAUCACAGCCGGGCGGCGGUGGGCCCCCUGGCCCUGAGCGUGGUGCCCUUCCAGGACUACCAGAACGGGACGCACAACUACGACCUGAGCGACACGCUGACCUUCAUAGGCUCCAACACCUUCCAUAUCAACACGGUGGAGCCGUCCCAGAGUGCUGUGUGCCAGGGCGCACUGCUCUUCCUCUACACGGGAGACUUCUACCUGAACAUCAAGUUCCAAGACGACCGCUCCUCAUCCACCACCUCCUCCGCCACCACCACCACCGCCUCCUCCUCCGCUGGUCGAGAGCUGCCUGCCGCCUGGUUCUGCCUGCCCAGUGUGCAUGUACGCGCCCUGGAGUCACCCAUCGAGAACGGGGCCUGAAGGAGGAGGGUGGAGAAGAGGAGAUGCACUGGAGGGAGGGAUCGGUGGAGGGGGAAUGAAUGGAUGGAU